AUGCUUUCCAAUCACAACACCAUUAAUACACUCAACACUUAUCACUAUUUCCACUGUUUUUGGCCGAAAUGUCAGUACAAGACAUCAUAUAAAUUUGAUUUAUAUAAACAUCAAUUAAUACACACAAAUUCAAAACGAUUUAAAUGUGAUUUCAAUAAUUGUAAUAAAGUUUACAAAACACAUUCAGAUUUAAAUCAACACAAACAACGCGUUCAUUUAAACGUGAGAUAUGUAUGCGAUUGGAGUGAAUGUGGCAAACAGUUUACAACGAAAUCCUAUUUACUUCGACACAAAACUACAGUUCAUUUAAAUGAAAAGAAAUUCAAAUGCAAUGAAGAAAAUUGUGGCAAAAGUUUUGCUACAAAGCAACGCUUGAUUCGACACAAACGCAUACAUUCGGGCGAAAAGUCAUUUGUUUGUCAUUUCAAUGAUUGCGGCAAAAGUUAUACACAAAUGGCCAUACAGAGUGAAUGCUGCGUACGAGCUAUGCGUAAACAUUUAGAUCAGGGUCUUUUUGUCUAUGAGAUACGCAUCGAGACCCGGGCCCAUCCGUUUCGAGUAAGUCACGUGAUCGCCGAGUUUCUUGAUGUCGUCCCCCUGUUCGUGAAGGAACUCACUCUCAAUGAAGUCCGUGAACUCCGGACCGUUAGUCCGACUGUCGAUCGCCUGGAGGUCCAGAAGCGCCUGAUUGACGGUCCGCUACAACUGUAG